AAAAUCAAAACCCUAGCGCCUCUCUCUCUCUCUCUCUCUCUCUCUCUCUCUCUCAUUCUCAAAUCGCUUCCCUCGCUUAUCGCCAUUUUCUCCCUCCAUUUUCGCUGUCUCGAUUUCGAGCUUCCUCUCUCCCCUCCUCAAAUUCGUGUUCCGUUUCGAUUUCUCAUAUACCCGAAGCUGAAUGCUUUAUUCCAAGAAGAAUGAGAGGUCUCUGUUAAUUUAGUUGUUGUGUAGGUAACUUAAUCUUGUUGUAGCUGUAACUGUUGUUAUAUAUGGGGAAGGUAUCUCCAAAGGACUUGGAUUCUAAAACCUCAGUGAGGAAAAAGAAGUUGAAAGGUUCAACUAACAAAUAUUUAAAGCCAGGGGCUUUAGUUCACCUUUGUUACAGUAAAGCCUCUGCUGUUAAGUCUUGUCACGAUUUGGGCAAGAAACGUGUUCCUGUUUUUGAUACAACUACUAAGCAUGCAAGGACCAACAACAACAACAAAUUGGCUGUUGAACAUUUGGGUUCUCCCAAAAGCCCUCUCAUUUCGUCACCUGUCAAUGUUGUUAAGCGGAGUGCUGUGGUUAGGCCAAUGAAGUUUGAUGAUAUACAGGUGGAGAGUAAGAAGAGCCCUCUAAUGUUAUCAUCUCCUAUGGGUAUUGUUAUGCAAAACACUUUGUUGAGGACACCUAAAACUCCUCAAGCUGAUCCUUGCAACUCAGAUUCUCUUCUUGAAUCUCUCCCCAUGGAUUUACUGGUUAAGAUAGUUUGCCAUCUGCACCAUGACCAGCUGAAGGCAGUUUUCCAUGUUUCUCAGAGAAUAAGAAAGGCUACCAUGCUUGCAAGGCAAUACCAUUUCAAUUAUACAACACCAGACCGCUCAAGACAGGAGAUGUUGAGUGUCAUGACCCCUAUGCCAAUAAAUCGUUGGCCAUUUCGUAGCAUUGGAGAUGUGAACCCGAGAAUGGUGUCAAGCCCACAUACCCCAAAAGCACCAAAACAUGCUCCUCGACCACCUCUUCGAACCAAACUCUCAGAGAUGAAGCAAAUCACUGCUGUUCUUUUCCAAGACCAAGCAACAUUUCCUUCAAGAUGCAUAGUUCCUUCUGUUCUCCAAAGGCCGAGUUUGUUCAAACCAAUGGCUCCAAAGCACCCUCGAGUGCUCUUCUAUGAGGAUGAAUUAUGUCAAGCUGUUGCUCAAAACAACCUUACCUGAUUACACUUGCUUGCUGCAAUAAUCAGACCCUUCACAUGGCUUUCCCCUCUCUGUUCAUAUUAUUAGGGUUGUCUUCAUUGCAUUAUUGAUCAUUGCUCUUGAUGAUCAUUCUUCACCUAUAUAGUAGUAAGAAGCAUGCAAGUUUUGUAGCAGUGCUAGUUCUGGGUUAUAUUAGGCUUACAUGGCAAUCUCGUAGUAUCUAUCUAUCAUUUAAGGUUUUAAAGUUUCUAGUCUUUUGAGUUUGUCAUCAUAAUCAGCUUGUGUCUUUUGGUUUGGUCAGUUGAGUCAUGUGUAUAUAUUUUCUGCAUCUAUCUGGACCAGUGGCUUUUUUUUAUAUAUUAUAAAAUUUAUUGCUU